AUGACCUCUUACGCAGGCGAGACAGCAAUCGCGCUCCUCAUCGAGGCCUCCGCGCCCAUCGUGAAUGCAUGGUCUACUAUCGCGUCCCUCGUCCCCCCAAUCCUCGCCCGCGCCGUCCAAUGCAAGCCCGCCAAUCGCGUCCGCGUCGGCGUCAUCCUCUACGGGCCCUCCCACAACCCGCUCCUCCUCAACCUCUUCUUCACCGCCCCCCAACUCAUGCAUGAGGUCCUUAAACAAGCGUACGAGUCCGGCCCGCUGGGGAAGCGUAGGCCCGCGGUGACGGGCAAGGACCCCGUGGCCGUGCUCGAUGCGCUCGUGGCCGCGCUCGAGAUGUUUGAUACCCUGACCAGCGUGCCGAUUCAGAAGCCGGUGUGGAAGCAGGUCCUGCAUAUGGCUGCCGUCGAGCCGGACGAUGCGCGCCACUCGACGACGUGUGUCCGCCCCGAACUUGACGGCAUGGGAUGGGAGGGACUCGUGCAGGCGUUUAAGGAAAGGGAGAUCAAUUACUCGAGCGUGCGGUAUGGCAAGAGGCCACUUGGAGCCCUCGGAGAGUUUCAGAAGAAGCUCGCCACCGACACCAUCAAGCCCUGGCUCUCCUACGACGCCGCCCUCACCCUACACAUCUCCGCCUCCUUCACCGCACCCGCCCGACCACACCCCAUUAGGCGCCCCGGAGUCGCCGCAGAAGCCGAGUGCGACGAACACAUCAUUGCCAUCAAGUUCUGUACCAGGUUCAUCGUCGGCGCCCAACUCCUCCGCUGCGCCCAAUUCGUCCGCGAUGUCCGCGAUGCACCCACCACCACCGUCCUCGACGCCGUUCAAUCGGCCGGCGUCGACGACUGCGCCAUCGUCUGUCGCACCGUCGAGUGUUGCGCAGAAUCCGACGCCGGCGGCGAUGACUUCGGCGACGCCAUUGAAUGUGAAUGCGAAUCUACCGAAUAUCAACCCCUCGUCGACGCCGAUGCUGUCGAACGCGACGCCGAUGCUGUCAAAUGCGACACCGAUGCUUUCGAAUGCGACGCCGAUGCUCGCAUCUACCCCGUUGCUCUCUAA